AUGUUCAUUUCAGUCACCACAAACAAUGUGCUUGAUCAAGCAUUCAUGUUAUGCUUCAAGACAUACAAUAUAAGCCUCAUUUUGGAAGUUUUUACAGGAAGCUACGAGCCUGCGAUAGACGAUAGUGCGACCAACGGGCAACGACAGACGAUACGCAACCCACAAAUCGAACAACUUUGUCUUCGAUCGACGCCACACAGUGACGCUCACGCACAAGAAACAAUCACAGCUUCCUUGGGACAUAGGAGAAGCGUGAGAUAUAGAAAGAACAUGGUGGCUGCUUCCGCCUCCUUCAGGUGGAUACUGCAACUGCAUAAAGAUGUUCCAAAAGCUGCAAAAUUUUACAAAGAAGGCCUUGAUUUCACCAUAAAUGUGUGUACUCUCCGGUGGGCUGAACUUGAAUCCGGCCCUCUCAAGCUCGCUCUCAUGCAUUCUUCCAGUGAGAUUGAGGUUCAGAAGGGAUACUCAUCACUGUUAUCAUUCAGUGUGACAGACAUUAACAGCACGGUGACUAAACUCAUGGCUUUAGGUGCAGAGAUGGAUGGGCCUAUCAAAUAUGAGGUCCAUGGAAAGGUUGCUGCAAUGAGGUGUAUUGAUGUCUUAACAACAGAGAAACUUGGAAGGAGGUUCUUAUGGGGUGGAAAUGAUGGGAAAAAUAAAAUCCAUUGGGUUGCUUUGAAGAAAGUUUUAAGUCCAAAAGAAAAGGGUGGGCUCGGGAUUGGUUCUCUGGUCUCUCUAAAUUGGGCCCUGGUCACCAAAUGGAUGUGGCGUUUCAAAUCAGAUCUGCAUGCUCUUUGGCGGAAGUAUAACAUUAAUAAGACAACUGGAAGGGUGAUGGGGUCCAUGUUGCCAUCACAAAAAAUCUUCAUCGCUAUCUUCUACGGGCUGUUUUGGUGCAUAUGGAAGGCGUGCAACGAAAAAUUGUUCAACAAAAGGUUCUUCUAUCCAGAUAAGGUGGUGGGCGAGAUGUGGUUUAAUAAAGAGUAG